UAUUUAAUAUUUAUUCAUGAGCGUGCGCGUUAUCGCACCGAGAUAGCGCAUUUUUGUAUUCAACGUAAUAUUUGUAUAGAUAAAAUGGACCAAUGAAAAGUUUCCUCCUCAUUUAUUUUGUAAUCGAUUGAUUUAUAUAAAAACAAGUCGAAAGCGGUCAAUUUUAUUUUCGAGAAAAACAUGAUUAUGAUAAAAAUCAAUGAAUUACAAAAUAAAUUAAUUUUUUAUUAUGACACGCCUUAUAUCAAUAUAGUGCAAAGAUAUACAAAGUAAAAUUAAAACCAAAACUCGUUAACUAACUAUUCCGUCAAUUACUAGACUCUGUUCCGCGAUAUUUCUAUCAUAAGAACGUCAUGUUCAUAUCGCGUGGAAGGGAUGGGACACGCGCUAUAGUAUAACAUACAUGACAUGAGAGGAUUGCUAGAUAGUUUCCACUUGACCCUCAUACAUGUCACAUAAUGUGGCAUGUCGGUUAAUUUUUGUGCUUAACGUGGGAUAUCGUUCAUUUAUACAUACACCAUCAAAACAAAGUUUUUUAUCUGUUUAUAUUGUCUACAACACACAUAAAAUAAAAUUUCUUUAUCACAGUCAGAGAAAAAAAAUAUAUUAUCUUGAUUUGGUUCAACACUAUGAUUUUUAAAGUUAAAAUUAAAUAAUAAUUUAUUAAAAUUAAAAUUACUAUGCGCGCGAGAGUAAAUGUAUAUCAAUCAUGUUAGUCGCAAAAAUAUUCUUAAUGAUUGUUUUCCUCGUUAUAAGUUUUGCAUCGGAAGAGACAAACUAUUCGCAUCUUUCGCGCAUACUUCGACUAAGCAAUCAUCGAUCGUUAUCGAGGAAACAGCAAGACGAACCUAAAUAUUACGCACAAUGCAGUUUCGUGAAUGCAUGGAAAGAACACCUUGGCUACGUGAGUGUAUUGGCUUUCUUGGAUCCUGCCUGGCAAUAUAGCUUCAGACAGGCCAUCAUGCUGAAGCUAUUAAGCUCGCGUUUGCGGAAAUCCGGUUUCACGAAUAUCCGGUUUUUCGUGAUAGCACCGCCACCCGAUUUGAUAGAAGACAAGACUGAAGACGAUUAUGAGAUUGAAGCGUGGCGGAAAAUAUCAGCGACGUACGAAAUGGAAGAUGUGAAUGCCAAUGAAAAUUUACUUUUCAAGGAUAGCAGAUCGGAAAUAAUUUUUUUUCAAGACGAUCCCCAAUACCGUACAUGGGAGAAGUUUCGUGCGUCGAAGGACCAAGUAGUCAUCAUUGAUCGAUGUGGGAAAUUAACGUAUCAAGUAAUGGUGCCGUGGAGUAUUUUAUAUUUUCCUUAUGUGAAAGCGGCUAUUUUGUCUACGUAUCAGGAGGAUCCUUGCGGUGGAUGCGACCCCACCAUGUAUCAAGCCCUAGAUUACGAAGAAUAUUUCCCGAGUUUAAGCAUCACUGCUAAAGAAACGGAUUCACGAGAAACCGAUAACGUUAACGUCGAUCUAAUCUGGACCACCGAACGAGGGUCUUCGGAAAACGGCAGCGUAUAUCUUGAGGAGUCACUAAGAAAGGAGCACGAAGCUAAUAUCGUAUUUCCUGUUAUCUCCGACAAAAUAACAUAUGAUAGCGAUGACCCUCUGAAUUUCUCCAGCAUGACGGAAUCGUCGGUGAUGUCUCAAACUGCUUAUCGAUACGAUAACGGUAUGACCGAGUCUUCUCUUAACGAGUAUAAUCCUAAAGAGACGCAGAUACGAAAGGAUUCGGAGAAUAGUACAACCUCCGGCGAAAUAGAAAAGUUACAGCAGGAUGUUCCUCCAAGUCGAGAUGAAUCUAUAUUGAUGAGCGAUAAUUCUAUCAGCGAGGAUGCGAGCGAUCGUGUCUUAUUGUCAAGUGAAUCAACAGUUGACGAAAUAAAAAACGAGUUCAUUUCUAUGACAGAAACAACGAUUUCAGAUACCGCGGGAAACGACGAGAUUCGACAUAACGAUGGAGAUGCGGACGAUCUGACUGCUGAGUACGAACAAAAUGAUUCAGUCGGUAAAAAUAUCGAAGCAGAGAAGAGCGCGUUAUCGUUACACAUAAUUAUGCGUGCACCACAUGUGCAUAGAAAUGGAAAAAAGACAGGGAAGCAUACCCAUUUAAUAUUAAAGAUUGGUGAUCCGGAUUUUCACGGACAUCUGGACAAUUUUAAAACUAUCGGUUUUGAAGUCGCAAGCUCCGAAAAAAACAAUUCGGAAAUCAUCGAAGCGGAUCAAGAGAACGCUACUCGAAUAUAUUUAUUUGAUAAAGACGAAAGCCCGGGCUUAUACGGGGAAAUAGCGGACUAUUGGAGAGAGAGCGAAGAUAGCGAUGACACUAAUAAAAAUGAAUCGCUUAACAACGAUACUUAUAAUAAUUCUACGAUAAGCUAUAAUGAAAAACAUCAUAUCAAUAUCAGCAACCACGCAAUAACUCCUUCAAAGUCAUCAGAGAUAGACGAAAAUUAUUCAACAACAAAGAUUACAAUAAAUACUUAUAUUAAUAACUCUACUAAUUCACAAAAUACUGUUAGAUUAGACAAGACUGAUUCUUUGAUUAGUACAAGUAAUAAAAUCAAUAAGAAAAAAGAGAUGCAAAAUAAUCUAAUUAAACAUUACAAUAAACUUCUAUCUUGGAUUGAUUAUCGAUUAAUUAAAUAAAUCUUUGCGCUCAUUUAAAAAUGCCAUUUGAUUAAUGAAAGUUUUACCUUAUAU